UGUAAAUGAAGUAAUUUAUCCAAAUAUUCUUGUCUUAGUUAGACUCCAUCAAUGAGAUAAAUGUAAUAAUAUGGAUAAUAAGGAUACCCAUAAUAAUUGUAAUAAUAUGGAUCACCUAAAGCAGCAAUUCCGUAAGUUUAUUUUAUAUAUAAAUUAGUUCAUUUCAAUAGACAACAUAAAAUCAAUAAAUAUAGACGUAACUAAUUGAUAUAUAUAUGAAAGAUAAUAAAGCAGAUAAGGAAAUAGAGCAGAUGUUCAUCAUUUUGAAAGACCCCUUUAAGUAGUACCAUAAGAGGAUAUUGAAUAAAAAUGGAAGGAGAAAUGCUGUAUUUAAAUAGUUAUAUGAAUAAUAGUAAGACUAGAAAUGCAUGUAUAUGAAUUACAAGUAGAGAUAUAAAAAUUGAGAUUGUAAAAUAGUAGUGGAUAAAUUACAUAUAUUUAAGAUGAUACAAGAGUAAUUUAAAUAUUUAGAUAGUUAGAUUAAUGAAUUAAUGUAAGCAAAUAAGGAGAUAAGAAAUUAAGAAUAAUAGAUGAGAAUAUAAAACAAAUAAUUGUUAGAGGAUUUGGAAUCUUGGAAAUCUAGAUAUAAGUUACUUUAAGAAUCUAAUUCAAAGAGUUCAGGAUUGGAUGAAGAAAUAAGAUAGUUGAAAAAGAAGAUAAAUGAAUUAUCUGAAGAUUUAGCAGGGAGUCAUGAAUAAAUUUAAUAGAGAGAUAAUGAGAUUUUAAAUUUGAAAUAAUUAUUACAUGAUAAAGACAAUGAAUUAGAUUAAUUGGAUGCUCGUAUAAGGGAAUUGGAAAUGAUGUGUGAGAAUUAUUCUUAAUCAGAAACAUAAAUAAUAAGUCUUUAAGGAGAAGUAGAAUUAUGGAAGAAAAAGUUUAAAUAAGUGAAUGAAUAGAAUUCAGAUUUAGCAGAAAAGUUGACAAUGGCUGAAACAUAAUUAGAAGCAAUAAAAAAAAGAUAAGUAACAGUCACAAAAGAGACUGAAGUAAGAAAGAGUGGUACUCAUGGAGGAGGAACAACAUCAACAUAUGAAUAAAAUGUAAUAAAAGGUGCUUAAUUAUUACAUCCAAGAGGUUCAUAAUAUUUAAAAUGA